UCUAAACAACCCUAGAGGAACCUAUGAACUCCAUUAAUGGAUUUCCUUAAAAUCAAUCUUUGAUUGUUGGCGUUGGGUUACAUAAAUUCCUCAAUUUCCACAUAAAUUCAUAUUAUAAGCUAUCACUAUUGGAUCUGAACUUUUUUGGGGUUGAUUAGAAGAACUGCUGUAAUGGAAUUUUCAGGCAAAGAAAACGAAGUGGAAGAGUGUUUACCAGCCGGAGUGUUUGAGAUACCUGGAGAGCCAGCUGUUGUUAUUAACGGAUUGCCUCCAAAUGUUGAUGACACAUUUUUACCCUGCCCAGUAGUUACUGAUACAGAAUCACAUAAGAAUGCUGUUUUUGGCAAAUUGUUUGAAGGAAGAAAAGUUCGCAAGUUAUUUGGAGAUAAUUAUUACAAUGGAAAAGUUAUUAAAUUUGAUGAGGAAAGUGGUUGGUUUAGGGUGAAGUAUGAAGACGGUGACAACGAAGAUCUUGAAUGGCAGGAGUUGGAAGAAAUUCUUCAGCCUUUGGACAUUAAUAUUCCAUUGGAAAAAGUAGUUAAAAAGUUCAUCAAGAAAAAACACUAAUCUCCUAGUUAGUUUAUUUUCUGAUAAUACAUGUUUUUUUUUGCUUUUGUUAUCACAUUAUUUGAGAGUUGCAACUAUUUCUUAUUUAAAAAUGUUGAUUGAUGAUUUCGUUA